AUGGCGAUCGAAAUGCCUGAUGAUGAUGACCGUGGUGCAGCUCUCCUGAUCUCAAGCGCAGCGCACUGGCUUGAGUUCCUCCCAGCUGAGGGCGUCGCUAUGUGCUGUGGAGUUUGUGCAGGUUUAAAGCAGGCCGCGGAGGAGGACAGGUUAUGGAAGGACCUGUGUCACCGGAGAUGGCGUCGGGUCAACGUCGACGUUGCCCGCCCCAACAACAGGAAGUGUGACGGCGGCGGCAGCGUCAUCGGGGGGCAUCAGGCUGCGUACGCGUCGCUCAACGGGUGGCGCGACCCAACGAACAGACUCAGGCGCACAAUCCUAUCCACUGCUCCGAACGAUGCUGUGACCGGACGACGAUUUACCCGAGGGGCUCAAGGGGUGGCCCCCGGAGGUGGACCUGCGACGAACAUCUCCGGCAUGGACGUCGGCCCUUGUCGAGUCGUCGUUUGCUCCGCCGACUUCGCCUGGUACUACAACGUGCGGCAAGGCUCGAACACGUCGAGACAACGACGGCAGCAGCCCCGAGACGCAACCAGCGAUAGUGCCAGUAUUGACAGCGGUGGAGGCGGUGGCCAAAACGGCGGAGGGGGUGCCGCCGAAUCAAUCGUCGAGUCUUCGUCGGGCGCUGGGGGGUCAUCUCGCACGCUACGGGGUUUCCAGCUGCCGUCGUCUGGCGUUACGGAGGCGAGGUACUCGGGGGACGGAGAGCGAUGCUUCUUCGGCACUGUCUCAGGCCACAUCUUCGUCCACAAAUGUGGUGGUGACGACGACGAUAAGGAUGGCGAGAGACACCGAUCUUCCGAGGCUGUCGAGCCUUGGACACCGACCCUGGCGCUCUCGAGUCCCACAGGAAGCCCUGUUGCUGUAAGACAGGUGGUAGCGAGAUUCGAGGGCGGGUGCCCGGGGGGAUCGCGGCUAGGAGUGUUGUGCCGACCCACUUUGGUAUGGCAGCCGAAUCUAGAGGGAUCGGGCGAGGGGGGCUACCUGUUCCUCGUCGACACCCAAGCGCAGGCGGUCACGCGGCAGAUGAACCUGGGGGGUGGCAGUCUCGGGGGAUUGACAUUCCCGACCAUGGAGCGCGGGGGGGCGGCGGUAAGCAUGGCCCCACUCUCCUCCGAAGGGAUGCCUUUCGGCUCCAGUGGCAGCGGCGAACUCUUCGCCGUCGGGUUCGCCGGGGGCACCGUCGCUGUUUUUGACGCCCGGUGCCACGAGGGGGGCGGGAUGGUGGGUGGGUUCACUACGAGGCAUCGGUGGCUGAAGCGGCUGCGAAGUGCCGGGCCAUUGCUCAUGAACUCGUACGGGAGAACCAAGAACAUCGAAACCUGGGACAUGCGCAGGCUGCCGUCCCGGGCUACGCACGAGCCCCCCCCCGGCUUGCCGUCACCCCGCCUGCGCGCCCCGCCGUGCCUCGCCGACCUCGCGUGCCCGGCAAACUCGCCGGACUUUUGGGUGGAGCCGCACGGCCUCUGCGUGGCAGUGCACGGGGCUCCCAGACACAGCCAGCGUUUCGGCGCGAAGCAUGCCUUCUGGCCUUGGCCUAGACAGACCGGCGGCGUGGCAACGGUCUCUACAGAUCCCAACGCGCCCGCGUGCUCGGCAAGGGGUGAUGGCGGAGGAGUUGAGAUUCCUGGAAGGUGUGUCGUGGUUCCCGGCGUGGUGAACGACUCGGGCUACCGGAUGUGUCUGUCGACCGGGGUCAAGUUUACCGACACGCACAUGGCCACGGUGCUCGACUCUUCUCGGGUGUUGGUCGAUGAGAUGGCGGUGAUGCCGAGAGUCUCUCGCGGGUCCGGUGAUCGCGAGGGGGCAGGCGUGACAUCACUGUUUCUCGCUGCUUGA